AAUGCAUUCGGUGAUGAAUCGAAACGUACAACGAGGGCUUAAGAUAAAUAAUCUCCACACCGUUAAAAUAUUAUCUAAGAUUAUGCAUGCUUAGCACGUGACCGCAUGGCUUUAUUCUCCGCAUAGCGCCUAUUUAACGGGUACCGUUUCUUGAUCGAAAAACACACAAAGCAUCGUUAAAUAUACUCCACUAAGAGAGAGAGAGAAUGGCGAGUGCAACUAAGAAAUUGGUCUCAGUGGCAGAUGAGAGUGCGCUGAGGAAGAAGAUUCUAGAAACUCAUGCCUACGAUGGCGGCGCCUUCGACACGAAAUCUGUUCUUGCCACCCUGGAAGGUAUCCUCAAUCUUGUCACCCCUGGAGUUGACUCCAAUGUCAAUGGACCGACAGAUCAUGUUGAGAAGCUCGACAACGGGAUUAUGGUGCCAAGUGGGCUCGAAACCCUCCCGGAUACUUUGCCCUUCUUGCUGCACAAGAUCUCCUGUGUGUUGACAUGCAAGUGUUCGGGAAGCGACAGCCACUCAUCGGCCAUGGAGAUUCUGAAACUGCUGUCGAGCUACACAUGGGAGGCGAAAAUCGUGAUAGUGUUAGCAUCGUACGUGGUUGACUACGCCCAAUUCAGCCUCCUCACCAAGCUAUACACCACCCAUCCGCUAGCUCAACUCAUCGCCACCCUCAAGCAGAUACCGCAAAACAUUGACCACCUCUCCGAUCUCAUCAAAUCCAAACUCCACACCAUCGUAAGUCUCAUCAACUUAUCAAUCGAGGUCACAAAGUUCAUCACCAAAUUCAACACUUUGCCAUCAAAAUACAUAUCAAAUGAUGCACAACCUAUGGUCGUUGCAUUGGCCCAAAUCCCCAUUGCUGUCUACUGGAUCACACGAGUCGUCGUCGCCUGCGCUUCCCAGAUCACUGAAAUUCUUGGCAUAACUCAAGUAAUAAGUUCGUAUACAGAAACAUGGGACCUUUCGAGCUUAGAACAGAAGAUCGUCAGCAUUCAGACCACCUUCAACAUUCAGCUUGAUCUCUGCUACAAAUACAUAGAGGAGAAGAAACAAAUUGAACACGUUCAGACAAUAAAGGAGACGAUUGAACAGACAAGUCGUGACUCAACAGUGUAUGUAGACAACCAGAAAAUACUGCAGCUUAUAAUCUAUGUCAAGGAUGGUUCACUUCCGCUUGCAUCUGGUCCCGACAAGACAACCAAGGUAGGGGUCGACGUUCUCAAAGGGAAAACAGUUCUGCUACUCAUCUCAGAUCUCGAAAUUUCCUAUGAUGAGAUCUUCAUCCUCACCCAAAUCUAUCAAGCUUCAAGAAAAGAUACGAAUCUCCAAUACGAAAUCGUGUGGCUCCCGAUCGCGGAGAAUGUCGACGAAGAAUUUGACAAGAAAUUUUUCGAUUUGAAGAAAAAGAUGCCAUGGUACACGGUGGAGCACCCGAGCUUACUGGAGGCGGCGGUGACGAGGUACGUGAAGGAGGAGUGGCACUACUCGAGGAAGCCGAUCUUGGUGGCGUUGGAUCCACAGGGAAAGGUGUCGAGUCCGAAUGCAUACCACAUGUUGUGGACAUGGGGUAAUGCGGCGUAUCCUUUCACAGUGAGUCGUGAUUUGGAGUUGUGGAGUAGCCAGGAGUGGAGCCUCAAGCUGCUGGUUAAUGACAUUGAUCUAACCAUAUCCAAAUGGAUGAAAGAAGAGAAGGUGAUCUGUUUGUACGGUGGUGAAAACUACGAGUGGAUUCAAGAGUUCGUGACGACGGGAAAGGAGCUGGGGAACUCCGCCGGAAUCAAGAUAGAGAUGGUUUACGUGGGCAAAAACACGACCAAGGAGCGCAUCAAAAAACUGAGCGAGAUCUUAGGUGGGCGCAGCCUUGUUUGGGAGAAUCCUGCAUUCACUUGGUAUUUCUGGACAAGAAUCGAGAGCAUGAUGUACUCGAAGAUCCAGCACGGCGCCAAGGUGGCGACGGACAAGGAGAGCGGCGAUUACAUACUGGUGGAGGUGCUCAACAUGCUGACCCUCGGCGGGAGCGACCAGGGGUGGGGCCUCAUCAGCCAAGGGGGCGGCUCCAAGAUAGCUAGGGCUAAAGGGGAUGUCAUUCUCAAGGCGUUGCUGGAAUUCAAGACGUGGAGCGUAGAGGUGAAGCAGAAGGGCUUUGUGGGGGCGCUCAACGCCUAUUUAGCCGGCCGCCACACCAAAGAGCACUGCAACCGCCUCAUCUUGCCCGGCCUCGAUGACAUUCCGGAGAUGGUAGUGUGCACCGAGUGUCAUCGCCCCAUGGAGAAGUACAUCAUGUACCGUUGUUGCAAUGAGUAAGGGAUCAUAUCGAUGUGCCACUUGAAAGCUUGUCGUAGUUGCUGUUGUUCGUGUUUCAAUAAUGAACCUCAGUGUUCUUGAGUUUGUGAUUUUGUACUUGUUGUUUGUGCUUCAAUUAUAAAACGACUUGUCAACUAA